ACCUUUCAUUUUGCGUACCAGUGAUUGUGAUAGUCUUAUCAUUCUCGUGUGAUCCGUCUGGUGCUCGUCGUGCUCGUCGUAUCUAACCGGAAUAUUUUAAAACCAUAAUAAUAAUAUUGUUACGAUACAUUAAUUAUUACACCUGUUAGUUUUAUUUUUUCGCUUCGCCCGGCCGUCGAAAUGAAACGUCGAACACGAUACAACCGAUUAAUUGACUUCACCACUCGGUGAAUCGGACGUGAACGUCGAACAUGAAGAACCGACAUAACACUACGGACGUGCAUUCGACGGAUGAACCACUUUUCGAUCAGUGUCCGUCGUUUUUGUGCUUUUGCAUUGCACAUGCAUUCAGGGCACAUGCGAACAAAUGGUUGACAAAGUGACCGAAAUAGUCAAUUUUGGAAUGGCGAUCGACGUGGUGCGGACGCUGCGGCAGAAAAUCAUCGCCGUGCGCCGGAAGCUGGGCAUCGGCGUAUGCUUGCGCACCGUCGUGUUGAUAUUUUGUCUCACGUUCUUCUGGGUACAGAUGCAUAUGUCUGACGUGGCCGACAACGAGACGGUACAGAUACUGGCCAAGCCAGACGGACUGCUAGAUGCUAAUGAUUCCAUGUUGCAACUGGUUCCACAGCAUUUGCACAAGUACUUGGUCGCGUUGCCCCAGCGUGACCGUCCGCACCAGGCCAUACUGCCCGGAAAUGCCAGCGAACACAUCGCGACGGCGGUCAGUCUGAACGCAUCCGAAAUACGACGUCUGAUUGAUCAGCAAAACUCCAAACAGGUCGUUCUCAACGAAGACGUAUACGGCCCGUUACAAAACGAUUCUCUAGUCAUUGUCAUUCAAGUCCACACGCGUAUUAUGUACCUUCGGCACACCAUAGUGAGUUUGGCAAGAGCGCGAGGUAUCGAAAACGCGUUGCUAAUAUUCAGUCACGACCAUUAUGACGAACAAAUAAACGAACUGAUACAGAUGAUCGACUUUUGCAAAACCAUGCAGAUAUUCUAUCCAUAUUCUAUACAAACGCAUCCGGGUUCGUUUCCCGGUGAAUCUCCGGAAGACUGCCCCAGAGACAUUGCCAAAUCAGAUGCGAUUAAACGGAAGUGUAUCAACGCCAUGCAUCCGGAUCAAUACGGUCAUUAUCGAGAGGCUAAAUUCACCCAAACUAAACAUCAUUGGUGGUGGAAAGCAAAUAGAGUGUUCAACGAGUUGGACGUCGUCAGUAAUUACUCGGGCCCGAUUUUAUUUUUGGAAGACGACCAUUAUGUAGCCGAAGAUUUCAUAUACAUGUUAAAGUUGAUGGAAAAAUCGUGUAGCGUAGCGUGUCCGCAGUGUAGUAUGUUGUCGUUGGGAACAUACUUGAAAACGUAUAAUUUUUACGGAGAAGCAAAGAAGGAUAUUUUAAGGGUAAUACGCCGACAGCAAAUAUUUGCUGCAGAAUUAACACCACCGUCAUGGAGUUUUAAAAUAGUUCCUUCAUUUUCACAUUAUGAUAAGGCCGAAAUUUCUCAAUGGAUUAGCAGCAAGCAUAAUAUGGGUAUGGCGUACAAUCGGACUGUUUGGAAACAGUUUGUAGAUUGUGCUGACACAUUCUGCAAGUAUGAUGAUUACAACUGGGAUUGGAGUCUCCAGAGUGUAUCCAAUAAUUGUCUUAGCCAUGAAUUUAAAGUGUUUGUACUCAAAGCACCUAGAGUAUUUCACAUUGGUGAAUGUGGUGUUCAUCAUAAAAAAAGUUGUUUCGAUAUGGCGCUCAUAGCUAAAGUUCAAAAACUGCUUAGUUCGGUGUACAAAUAUUUAUUUCCAGAAAAGUUAGAAGUGACAUAUGCUCCAAUCAAAAAAAAAGUACUGCGCAAAGGAAAUGGCGGAUGGGGUGAUGUGCGUGAUCAUGAACUAUGUUUGCGAAUGGUAAACCGCCAAUGGUGACAUUUGGCAGUUAGUAUUUAAUAUUUAUUAUAUUAAAGAAAUAGAUCAAGUUCCUAUAUAUCAUGGGAGUAUAGACCUCCUAAACGCAUAGACAUAAUAUUCAACAUUGUAAUAUAUUUCUUUUUGAAAGAGAACAUACCGCUUUCGCGCAUGUCAAAUGAUUCGAUUGGUGCGUUGAGAACCACGAGAUCACGCUAACAAUGGGAAAUUGGUGGGGGAUGCGCGCCGCCGGACUUAAAUUGGUAGCCGACCGGUAUGUUCUCUUCUGAAACAGAGUAUAGGUAUUGUUAUGUCUAUAAUUGAACCAAGUCUUAUUUAUUUUAUUUUGUUGUUUUUUUUUAUUAUUAUUAUUACCUAUUUAUUUAUUUAUUUUUAAUUAUUAUUAUUUUUUUAUUGGGUGAAGUUUGAUUUUUAUGUAAUGCGUUGCCAUAAUUGCGCUCAAGAGUUUUUAUUUUUAUGUAGUACGGCAACUAUUAUAAGUUAUUUUUAAGGCUCGAUAACUAAUACAUUAUUUAUAUUAAUGUAGUUACGAUAUUUUUAAAAUGUCACUGUUGGUUUGACUAUUUGGCUUGAGCUUAUAAACUCCAGUGAUUUUAGAAAUAUACUGUCGGCAUAACUGAUAAGUUUUAUAUUGACACAAAAAAAAUAACUUUUUCCAAUUUAACAUACCAAUUUUUGUAUGGUUUUCAGAGUUUUUCAUCAAUGGAGUACAUUUUAAUAUGGUAUAUAACUGUAUUUUGUAAUACAAGUUUACACUUAUGCAUUUUUAAUUUGUAUUUCAUUAUUUAGCUUCAGCAUUCCAUUUCAUUAAACAUAUUAUUAAAACUAGUAUACAAAUUAAAAUUAAAAUGUGGAACUCUGAGAUUAACUUUCUAGUCAUUUGAAGUCAAUAUUUAACUUUUAGUUACGUUACUUUCCAACUAUCAAUAGUCAUUAUGUUAAGUUUCAAAUGUGAUUGUAAUCUGCAAGAAUUACAUGAAAAUAAAUUUGUGAAUUCUUUAUAUUUUUUUUAUUUAUUACUAUUUCCAAUUUAGAUGUUAUCAAGAAGAAAAUGACUCAAUUUGCUAAAUCAAAAAAAAAUUAUGUAUCAAAAAAUUGUCUCUAUUUUUAAACAAGUUUCAUACAAACUUUGCUAUUGCUUAUUAAUUAUUAUUUAGUAUAACUAGUUAAUAAUCAUUUUUCAAGCAAUUUUAUUCAUAGUCAUCUUACGGUUAAAGUCUAACUUCUUGAGUGUUCUAUUAAAUGCAUCCUUAUUUGUCUAUGCCAUUACAUAUCUAUGUCUUAGUUAAGAACCACGGAUGUAUGAUAUACUUACAAAUUGCACCAAAUCCUUAGAAUACAGAACAAAUAUUAAAAGUUAUAUUUCUAUCACACUGUAUUCACAUAAACUAAAUAACAACGAUGCAGUUUUAUCUUGUUAUUUUAAAAAAAUUUAAUAAUUUUCUAACAGAAAUGUAUUGUUUUUAUUUAUGUACAGAACAUAUACAUUUUAUUUUUUUAAAAACAAAACAAAUGAUUCAGAAUAAGAGUUAGGUUACUCAAGAACAUAUUUUUAAAACAUUUAUAAGCUUUUAAUGGAUGGAAAAAAAAUAAUUGCAUCGUUCAAUAUCCCUUAAUGUUACAAUUUACAACUGUACAUUCUAAUAUUUACGCCUUGGUUGAAUGUGAUUUAGGUAAUAUAUAUUUUUAUACUUAAUUUACUCGUGAUUAAUCAUUAAUUUGGUGUCAAAAUUAUUUAUAUUACAUUUCAAAACUAGUUGGUUAUUAUUAUCCAAAAAUAGUGAUUUACAUUUAAAAUUAGAUUCCUCCUAAAUAAUAUUGACAACUCAAACAAUUAUAGUACUUACGAUUGUAUUGAAACAUAUUCAUUAACUACUAUUAACAUACUCAUAAUCAUCAUAUUAUAUUAAUAAUAUUUCACCUAUGAUAUUCUUAAUUUAAAUUGAUAUAUUUAGUAAUACAUUAUUGUACAAUAUAAUUGUAUUAUAUUUAAUAUUUAUAUAACUACCAUAUUAUGCUAAAAUAUGAAUUAGAACUCAAACCAUUUUUUUUUUGUGUGUUGUGAAAGUAAAUAUAAUUAUUUUUAAUUGAAUCGAUAUUUUUGAAAGGUGAUCAUUAUAUAAUCAGAAAUAAAUCAAUAAUAUACUCUUUGUUACAAUUAAUGUGAUUAUAGUAUUAACAAAGAAAAAAUUAAAAAUUAUUAUGAUAUGUCAAUGUGUCAAAAUUUAUAUUGUAUAUGUUCAAAUAGUGAAAUAUGCUCAAAAACAUUUAUAUUUACAGCAACUAAAGUUAUAAAAUAAAUGUAUUCACAUAGCUUGAAUGGAAAUCAGCCUUUUAUUAUUUUGCUGUAGGCCAUCUACGCUAUAACCAUCGUGUUUUAAUACUUUUGUUAUUUGAUUUUUGUUCUCCUUCAUCAGCUACCAAUAUAGGAAGUGAAAUAUUUAAUUUUCUAUUAUUGUAUUGUAACUAAAUUUAAUAUACACAGUAUUGAAUAAGGUAGUCAUUUAGAAAAUAUAUUCAUUGUGUCUCGAUAUCUGGGCUCUAAAUCUUUGGCAUAUGCCUACCUGUUUAAUGUGUAUUUAUUAAUAAUCCUUACAAUAUGACCUAAAUCAAAUUAUUAUUUAUUCAUCAAUUUUAUUUUUUUUCAUUUUAAACUACUAGGAUUUGGUAUAAUCAAAGUAUAACCCUCACCUAUCAACUAAUAAAUUGGUGCUUACCAGUAUAAUAAUUUAUAUGAAUGAUGUUAUUACCUAUAUUGGUUUUAGUGAAUUUGAUUUUGUGAAAAAAAUUUAAAUAUUAAAAACAGUACAUGUUGGUAGUUUGAAAUAAAUAUAUUUUUUUCAUAUGUUUACUUUAUAAUGAAAUAUAUUAAAUUGUAUUUCAUCAAUGAAAUUUCUUAUUAGUCAUAUGCAAGAAGGCCAAAAUGGCUGAUUGAUAAGUUAAUUUGAAUGAUGUUGUUUUGCGAUAUGUUAUUCAAUAUGUUUAAGUGUGAUAAUAUAAGAAUAAGCUUUGUACAAAUAAAUAUGAUGAAUAUUUUUGCGUUUUUUUACAUGUACUGUACAAUAAACUGCUAUACAA